AUGGGCCAUGGAGUUCCCGUUCGACGUGGACGCGCUGCUCCCGGAGCGGAUCACCAUCCUGGACCGGCACCUGCGGCCCCCGGCCCGACGACCCGGAACCACAGCCCCCGCCCGUGUGGAUCUGCAGCAGCAACUCAUGACGGUCGUCGAUGAACUGGGGCAAGCGUCGGCCAAGGCGCAGCACCUCUCGAGCCCGAUCACCAGCGCGACCCGCAUGCAGAGCAACCGCCACGUCAUGUAUGUGCUCAAGGACACCGCGGCUCACCCAGCUGGGAAAGGGGCUGUGAUUGGCUUCCUCAAAGUCGGGUAUAAGAAGCUCUUUGUUUUGGAUGACCGCGGAGCCCAUAACGAGGUGGAGCCCCUGUGCAUCCUGGACUUCUACAUCCACGAGUCCGCCCAGCGCCACGGCCACGGCUGGGACCUCUUCCAGUACAUGCUGCAGAAAGAGCGGGUAGAGCCCCACCAGCUGGCCAUCGACCGGCCCUCAGAGAAGCUGCUGAGAUUCUUGAACAAACACUACAACCUGGAAGCCACCGUCCCGCAGGUGAACAACUUUGUCAUCUUUGAAGGUUUCUUCGCCCAUCAGCACCCCGGGCCCCCCGCUUCCUCUCUCAGAGGGAAUCGCUCCUCUCUGGCCUCUUCGCUCGAUAAGACACCGAAUGCCCCGGCCAGGAAGCUGCCCCCAAAGCGAGCCGAGGAGGAGAUCAAACCGUAUUCUUCCAGCGACCGAGACUUCCUGAAGGAGGCCGUGGAGCCCCCGUGGCCCCUGAACCGGGCCCCCCGCCGGGCCCUGGCCCCGGCCCGCCCGCCUCCGCGGUCCAGCAGCCUGGGCAGCUCCCCGGAGCGGGGGCCGCUUCGCCCCUUCCUGCCCGAGCAGGAGCUGCUGCGCUCCCUGCGCCUCUGCCCCCCGCACCCCGCCGCCCGGCUCCUACUGGCCACCGACCCGGGGGGCAGUCCCGCCCAGCGCCGCCGCACCAGCUCCCUCACCCGCCCGGAUGGCAACCGAUACUGACCCCCGCCCUCGCCCUUCCCCUCCCCACACAGUCUGCGCCACGGAGCGGAGCUGUCUGUUACCCUUUCCUCCUACUCCCCCUCACCUCUACUUCCUGCCUCUCCAGGGAUCCAUUUUCCCGGGGCUCCUCUGGGACUGGAUCCCACCCCGCUUCCCUGGAUUCUCUUGGAAGGGCAGGAUUCCAGGGGACCACCCCCACACACUCACUCCCCCCGCCUCCAGAUCCCUGCCUCUCCACUCUCCAGCUCCUCAGCCAUCUUUUGUGGACUCAAGCAGGGCCAUGGUCCCGGGAGGAUUCUGGUGGGGUCUGGCCCUGCCCUCAGGGGUCUGCUCUGGGCCUACUGGCCAGGCCAGACCUGAUCCCCAGUGGGAUCUGCCUCACGUUGCCCAACCUGGAGACUUUAAAGAGCGGGGGGGGUGGGGGGGCAAACCCAGGCUGAUUGGUGCUACGCGGGACGUUUUGUACCCACCCACCCGCCACCCCACCACCCCCAGGGCUCCGGGACAGGACCCGCGCCUGGGUGCCAGGUCUUUCUGCAGAGUGCCAACUCCCGCUCCCCCCAACACAGAUUUCUCUGGCACCCCAGUAACCCCUCCCACCUUGACCCCUGAACCCCAGUAGGUAGGAGGCGAUGCCUGCCCCGUUUGUUCAGUUGUGACGGGAGCAGGUGCGACCCCCCUCCCCAGUCUGCACGCGUCGACCCCUCGACCUCCCACCCCCAACCCUUCCCCUGGCUUCCCGGUAGGUAAAGGACCGGCCCUGAGCAGCCCCCUCGGCCCCCCACCUCACCCCGGGAGGUGAGGCUGGGCCUUAGAGUGGCGGUGACCUCCCUUGACCCCCGGGGAGCUGGCUCCCUCCCCCUUACCCUCUCUAACACCCGCUCCUUCCCGUCUUCCCUUCUGUAUCUUCUCCAUAACACGUGGAUACUUCUGUGGUCUUUUUUUUUUUUUUAUUCAACAUUUUUUCAA